GCUAGUAAUUUGUGUCCAUGGUUGUUGGAAGUGGGAGGAAAGCCGCUAUACGUGUCAAAGGAGUCAUUGACUUUAAUGUUAUUUAUGCACUUUCCGCGAUAGCAAUUAAAUAUAACGAUGAAAAAUUCAUUAAUUUCAUUAUGUUUCUUAGUAAGUUUAAGUACAACUUGCAAAUCAUCACUAUUUGAAAGUGACUCCUGUUAUACUUUCGGUAGUGGUAAUGUGUUCCCCGGCGGCGCCAAAAAAAUUGAUCAUAAGUUACAAUUUACUAAGGCUAUGAUAUCCAAACCGGCACCUGAAUGGGAAGCAACCGCGGUGGUAAAUGGAGAGUUUACACAAGUUUCCUUGUCCAGUUUUAAAGGGAAAUACCUAGUCUUCUUCUUCUAUCCCUUAGAUUUCACCUUUGUCUGCCCUACUGAGAUUUUAGCUUUCUCAGAGAGAAUUGAAGAGUUUAGAAAAAUAAACACGGAAGUAGUAGCUUGCUCAGUGGAUUCACACUUCACCCAUUUGGCAUGGAUUAACACUCCUCGCAAAGAAGGGGGGCUCGGCAAAAUUAAAAUUCCAUUAAUCAGUGACCUGACACAUUCCAUUGCCAAAGAUUAUGGUGUUUACCUAGAAGAUCUUGGCCACACACUAAGAGGCCUUUUUAUAAUCGAUGACAAAGGCAUUCUAAGACAAAUCACUAUGAACGAUUUGCCUGUGGGGCGUUCAGUUGACGAGACAUUGAGACUAGUGCAAGCAUUCCAAUACACAGACAAGCAUGGGGAAGUGUGUCCUGCUGGUUGGAAACCAGGACAAGAUACUAUUAUACCAAACCCCGAUGAAAAGAAGAAAUACUUUGAAAAAGUAGCGAAAAACUAAUGUUGUAAUAUUACAGUGCUUAAAAUUACGAUUAAUUUGAACUUCAAUACAGUAACUUUUUAUACGUCAAGCUUUUAAAGACGUACCUAUCUAAAUACUCCUAACGAUUGCGUCAAUUAAUUUUGUAUAAGAACACCAUGUCCAAUAGAAUAUAUUGUACAAGUACAAAUUAAAGUUUUAUAUAAUUUUGACAACUAAAUUUGCAUUACUUCUCCACGGCGUUUUUUAACUACAUUGUGAAGAUAAAUGAUACUCGUGAAUAAGCCAUAAAGAAUUGGUAGCCAUUCCACUUACAAAUUGGUAGAUAAUAUAAAUUUUAACUUAGAAAUGGUAACUUUUUAUGUUCUCUUUCUUUUAACAUAUCCUGCAGGGUAGGCAGAGACACAAGUAUGUCAACCAUACUCCACGAAUUACUGCGAAGGUUUUACGCCCUCGAAAUUUGUCUACAUAAUUGAAGUUUACAAUUACAAUACUAAUUUACAUGUAGUGCGCACGUAAGAUACUUAAAACACACAGAUAUUGAUAGAUCAUAGCCCACAUUCCAUGAAUCAGAGAAGUGCCUAAAGAAAGAUUGUUCCCAUUUCAGACCCAAUUAUUUUAUUCCACAGCAUAUGUACAUCACCAUUUAACGUAGGUACUAAGACUGAUUUAAAAUAAAUUUAUAUAAGAAUUACAAAAAAGAGGAAGAAAUUAACCUGGUCAAUUCAUUUUUGUACGUGGUAUUUAAAUAAAAAUUAUUUUAACUU